UUCCUGCCUCAGGUAGAAGGUGCAGUGAUGACAGAGGACACCUGUCUCUGUUACAAUGCUCUGGGAGGUCUGCCUGGACCGUACAUGUGAGCCUCACACUCACUCUAUCUAUUAUAGCUAUUGGAUGCAUGUUGAUUUGGUUGAAUGUGCAGCAAAUGGUUCUUGAAAAAGACUGGUCACGAAGGGCUCAACAAUCUGCUGGCUGCCUAUUCUGACAAGACGGCAUUUGCUCAGUGCACCUUUGCCUUCUGUGAGGGUAAAGGUCAACCUGUCAAACUGUUCAAGGGAGUAACAAAUGGUACAAUAGUUCCGGCCCGAGGACCCCCGGAUUUUGGUUGGGACCCAAUAUUCCAGCCAGAGGGGUUCCAGCUCACGUAUGCAGAGAUGGAGUCAGGGGUCAAAAACACCAUCUCCCAUCGCUACAAGGCCUUGUGUGCCCUCAGAGACUAUCUCACUGGCGGGGGAAAGGAGGGGGAGGGAGGAGUGUGGGAGGAGGGAGACACUAAUACAAAGAGAGCCAAACUUGUUUAAUGUAAUCACCUUGCCUCAUGAGUGUUGUACAUAAUCAUACGUGCCCCUUUGAUCCAGGUGCAUAAUUACACACAUGCACAGACAGUGAGUCCAAGGCUCUUCCUUCUCCCCCUGCCGUCCAUGGAGAGAGAACCAGUGACACUUUUCGCGUUAGAAUUAAAGUUGUAUAUGUUUGGUCACACAUUCUUCCAGUGUUUAUUAGUUGUUCAUUUCUGUGGUUCACUGCCUUUUCAUGCUGAAGGGAGAUUCAUGACA